UGUCUCAAGUGGAUUAACAGGAAAAUGUUGAUCAUACUCCAUCUACUGCUGUUGUUCAGAGCGGGACAAUGCAACAAUGAUCUGAUCUUUGAGACGAAGAUUGUUGAUGUUGGAGACGAUGUGAAGUUGACAUGUCCCCGACAGACAUCUGAUCACAGUAUCAACUUAUUUUGGAUCAGACUUGUUUCUGGAGACUUGCCUGAGUUCUUGGGAGGAACAUUUUCCUUUGAUUAUGAUGGUGUUAAUAAGACUCCUCGCAUCACAGCCAAACAAGAGCCGGGAACUUUUAUUCUGCUUAUCAGUAAAACAGAGCUAAGUGAUACUGGAGUUUACUAUUGUAUAAAAGCAAAGCAACUUGGCGUGACAUUUUUGAAAGGAGCAUUUCUGAGGAUUAAAGGACCUGAACCUGAUAUCACUGCCAUUGUUCAAGUCCCUCCAUCUGAUCCAGUUCAUCCAGGAGACUCAGUAACUCUGCAGUGUUCAGUCCUCUCUGACACUGAGAAGAAAACGUGUCCAGGAGAUCACAGUGUGUACUGGUUCAGAGCCGGAUCAGAUGAAUCUCAUCCCAGCUUAAUUUAUGCUCAUAGAAAUAGUAGUGAUUAUUGUGAAAACAGCCAUGAAGCUCACUCUCUACAAAAAUGUGUCUACAACUUCCCCAAGACCGUCAGCUCCUCUGAUUCUGGGACUUAUUACUGUGCUGUGGCCACAUGUGGAGAGAUCAUUUUUGGAAAUGGAACAAAACUGGACAUUGAAGCACUCAACAUGUGGGAUUUACAGAAGGCCAAUACAGUUCUGUUUCUGAUAUUUGCUAUUUUGGCUGUAAGUCUGUUUGUUAUAGCCUUCCUCAUUUACACCAUCAAGAAAAACAAGUGUGAUUGUUGCAGCGCUGUUGACCUGCAAAAAAACAUUGUUGGUCAGAGGAAUCCACAGAGGCAUGGAGACAUGUCGGUUUAUUCUGCUGUCGUAUUCACCAUGAUAAAAGCUGGUGGUGGUGCAAUAAAGGAUGGAAAAGCAGCAGAGCGAGAGAGGAUCUAUGCUGCUGUGAAGGCUUUUGGGUUGAAUCAGUGAGUUAACAGGUCUGUUUGGUUUUGGUUGGUUCACAUCAUUCUGUUUGGAGCUAAAGGGCUGGUUAUAUGUGACUGUUCAGAAAUACUGUAUAUAAUGUUUUGUUUUUUGUUUUUUAAAGUUUUUUUGAGUUCUGUUCAUACAUUAAAACGGAAGUUCAUUAUCCUCAUCUCCAAAGUAAAUGACAGAAUGUUGGUAUUUGAAUGUCUUCACUGAGAGUUCAAGUUAAAGAAAACUUUAUAGAUUUUACAUUUGAAGAAGAGCACUGAAUCAGUACCACUGUAGACAUGUUGUUUGGAGACAGAAACCAUAUGAAAUGUAAACAUUUUCUAGGGAGGUUCAAACUGUUUUUUCUGAGAAUGAUGUGGAACUCUCACCAUG